AUGCGUUUCUCUCUUGCCCUCAUCUCUUCUGUUGUAUUAGCUCAAGCUGCUUAUGCUUUAUCUGAAUCAGCCCCAGCUUCAUUUGCUGCUCUCCCAUCAGUAUCAGAUGCUUAUGAUCGUCAUGCUGCUGCUUCCGCUUCAAUGUCUGCCGCCGCCGCUCCUUCUGCCUCUGAUGUUGCUGAUCAUGCUGAAGCCCUCGAGAAGCGCAACUUGUUUGAAUACAUCAAGAAGGUCAUCUUUGCCGAUGAAGAGAGCUCUGUUGAAUCUGCCUCUGCCUCUGGUGCCGCUGAGGAUGCUUAUUCCUAUGUUUCUGCCUCUGAAUUUGCAUCUGAAGCUGCUGCAUCUGCUGCCCCUUCUCUCUACAAGCGUGGUAACAUGCAAGAUAUCCUUGAUUCCAUUGAUGAGUACUCCGUGGCAGCUGACGCUGCUUCAUCAGUCUCUGCCUUAGCCUCUGCCUCUGCCUCUGCCUUAGCCUCUGCCUCUGCCUCUGCCUUAGCCUCUGCCUCUGCUUCAGAAGCUCCUGCACUCAAGUGGAGAAACCGUGCUGCUGCUCGUAUUCACGCUCAAAGCGAGUUUGCCUCUGCUCGUGCUGCUCCUUCAGCCAAGUACAACAACUACAAGCGUUCUGCUAGCGAGGGUGUUUAUGCCUCUGCCGAUGAUUUCUUCUCUGAAGCUUCUGUAUCAGAAGGUGCAUCUGCCUCUGCUUCAUUUGCUGCUGAUGCCUUGCCCUCUGCAAGUGCAUCUGAAUACUAUGUUCCUGUCUACUUGAAGCGUGAUGAAAUCGAAGAGGUCUCUGCCUCUGCCUCUGGUGCUUCUUACUCUGUUGAUGCUUCCGAGUACUACAGCGCUGUUUCUGCCAGUGCCUCUGCUGCCGCUGCCUCUGCUUCAGCCUCUGCUGUCGUCAAGGAAGAGAUGGUCUACAGGGUCAACAAUGUCAAGCGUCAAGAAUCACCAUCCGCAUCUGCUAGUGCCUCUGAAAUCACACCCGUUUCUGCUGCCCUCAGCGCUUCUGCCAGUGCUGACGCCAGUGCCUCUGCCUCUGCCUCUGCCUCUGCCUCUGCCUCUGCCUCUGCCGAUUCCAGUGUUGCCGAUGUUCAAUCACAAAUUGAAGCUGCCAUGGAGCAAAAUGAACACUCUGCUGCUGACGAGAUGAUUGAGAUCCAAGAGGCCUCUGCUGCACCUAUUCUCGAUGAAAAAGUUGUUGAAAAUGAUGCUGACAACUUUUGGAUUGCUGAUGCUCAAGCCGAAGCUGCCUUCAAGGGUUACGACUGGAAGGAAAACAACUAA